UGUUGUGUUAGCAUCAAGGCAGCAGGUUUCUGCUAAGUUUGGAGUAACUCAACAACACUGCAUGCCAGGAACCCAUAGGAUCUAAGCAGUACCACCUUCUCACAAGGAGUCUGCAUGACUAGCCACCACUAGCCAUGCUCAGCUUUGUGGAUAUACGGACUUUGUUGCUGCUUGCAGUGACCACAUGCCUAGUAACAUGUCAAAGUGAAGGCCCAAGAGGAGAUAAAGGCCCAAGAGGAGAACAGGGACUUCCAGGAACUCCAGGAAGAGAUGGUGAAGAUGGACUCCCAGGCUUACCCGGACCCCCAGGCCUUCCCGGACCCCCUGGACUCGGCGGAAAUUUUGCAGCUCAAUAUGACCCAUCCAAAUCAGGUGGUGAACCCGGACCUCAGGGUAUCAUGGGACCAAGAGGCCCCCCAGGACCCAAUGGACCCCCUGGUUCUCAAGGUUUCCAAGGACUUCCAGGAGAGCCUGGUGAACCCGGUCAGACUGGUCCCGUAGGCUCCAGAGGUCCCAGUGGUGCCCCCGGAAAAGCUGGUGAAGAUGGUCACCCCGGCAAAUCUGGAAGACCUGGUGAGAGAGGCCCAGUUGGACCCCAGGGUGCCCGUGGCUUCCCCGGAACUCCUGGUCUCCCCGGAUUCAAAGGAAUUAGAGGACAUGCUGGCAGCGAUGGACAGAAGGGAGCUACUGGUGCCCCUGGUGUCAAGGGUGAGACUGGUGCUAAUGGUGAACAUGGAUCUGCAGGUCAGGCUGGUGCACGUGGUCUCCCUGGUGAGAGAGGUCGCAUUGGAGCCUCCGGCCCUGCUGGUGCCCGCGGAAGUGAUGGUAGCUCUGGCCCAGUCGGACCUGCUGGUCCCAUUGGUUCAGGUGGAUCCCCUGGUCUCCCUGGUGCCCCUGGUGCUAAGGGUGAAGUAGGACCUUCAGGUAACACUGGCCCAGCUGGUGCUGCUGGAGGAAGAGGUGAGCCUGGACCCCCUGGUUCUGUUGGCCCUGCUGGACCUGCUGGCAACCCUGGUAACAAUGGUGUCAAUGGAGCAAAGGGUGCAGCUGGUCCUUCUGGUGUAGCUGGUGCUCCUGGUCUUCCUGGAGGUCGUGGUAUUCCUGGACCUCCUGGACCUGCUGGACCUUCUGGAGCCAGAGGUCUUGUUGGAGAUCCUGGUACUGCUGGUUCUAAGGGAGAUACUGGAGCAAAGGGUGAACCUGGUAUUUCUGGUAACGCUGGCCCCGCUGGUCCUCCCGGAGAGGAAGGAAAGAGAGGACCUAAUGGAGAGGCUGGAUCUUCUGGUCCCGCUGGAAAUGCUGGAAUUAGAGGUGUUCCUGGAACUCGUGGUCUGCCUGGACCUGAUGGUAGAGCUGGCGGCAUUGGCCCAGCUGGUAACCGUGGUGCUUCUGGUCCUCCCGGAGCAAGAGGUCCCAAUGGAGAUGCUGGACGCCCUGGAGAGCCUGGUCUUCUUGGAGCAAGAGGUCUUCCCGGCUUCUCUGGAAGUCCUGGUCCUCAAGGCAAAGAAGGUCUUGCUGGUCCCCAAGGUAUUGAGGGUCGUUCCGGUCCUGCAGGUCCAUCUGGACCCAGAGGUGAACCUGGUAGCAUUGGAUUCCCUGGACCCAAAGGUCCAAAUGGUGAGCCCGGAAAGAACGGAGAGAAGGGAAGCCAAGGGCCUUCUGGAAACAGAGGAGCCCCAGGUCCCGAUGGAAACAAUGGUGCUCAAGGUCCUGCUGGUCUUACUGGAUCUCAAGGAGAAAAGGGUGAACAAGGUCCAUCUGGUGCCCCAGGCUUCCAGGGUCUUCCAGGUCCCGGUGGUCCUCCAGGAGAAGUUGGCAAGCCCGGUGAAAGAGGUGCCCCUGGUGAUUUUGGCCCUGCUGGUGUUGCUGGUGCAAGAGGUGAACGUGGUGCCCCUGGUGAGAGUGGAUCUCUUGGACCUGCUGGUAUUACCGGACCCCGUGGUCCAUCUGGUGCCCCCGGAACUGAUGGAAACAAAGGAGAGCCUGGUGCCGCUGGUCUGAACGGCGCUCUUGGACCCCAAGGCCCUGCUGGAAUCCCAGGAGAGAGAGGUACAGCUGGAACCCCAGGAGGCAAGGGCGAAAAGGGUGAUGCUGGCAACUCUGGAGAUUAUGGUAGCCCCGGAAGAGAUGGUGCUCGUGGUCCCGCCGGUGCUGGUGGUGCCCCAGGUCCAGCUGGAGGUCCCGGUGACAGGGGUGAAUCUGGACCCUCUGGUCCUUCUGGACUCGCUGGACCCCGUGGUACUCCUGGUGAACGUGGUGAAGCUGGUCCUGCUGGUGCUACUGGUUUUGCUGGACCUCCUGGUGCUGCUGGUCAUAAUGGUGCUAAAGGAGAGAGAGGCCCCAAGGGAGUCAAAGGAGAACUUGGUGCUCCCGGUGCAAUCGGACCUGCUGGAUCUACCGGCCCCGCCGGACCCAAUGGACCUGCUGGAGCCCCUGGUGCUCGUGGUGAUGGUGGACCCUCUGGUGCAACUGGAUUCCCUGGCCCUGCUGGAAGAGUUGGUGCCCCCGGACCCCCUGGUAUUGGUGGCCCUCCUGGCUCAACUGGUUUCCCUGGCAAAGAUGGUCCAAGAGGCCCACGUGGUGACAGUGGCCCAGUAGGUCGUCCUGGUGAGCAAGGUCAUGGUGGCCCACAAGGUCUGGCUGGAGACAAAGGUCCUUCUGGAGAAUCUGGUAGCCCUGGUUCCCCUGGUGCUUCCGGUCCCUCUGGUGUUCUUGGUGCACGUGGUAUUGUCGGUCUUCCCGGUACAAGAGGAGAGCGCGGUCUUCCUGGAGGACCUGGUAACAACGGUGAGACAGGUCCUUCUGGUCUUGCCGGUCCUGCAGGUAACCGUGGUCCAUCUGGUCCCGUUGGUUCUCCUGGUCCCGUUGGCCAUGCUGGUGAAGCCGGUCGUGAUGGCCACCCUGGUAAUGAUGGACCUCCUGGUCGUGAUGGUCUCUCCGGCCAAAAGGGAGAGCGUGGAUACCCUGGUAACACUGGCCCCGCUGGUCUUGCUGGCGCUCCUGGUCCCGUUGGUUCUGCCGGUUCUGCUGGUAAAUCUGGAAGCCGUGGUGAGCCUGGUCCCUCUGGUCCUUCUGGUAUAGUUGGUCCUGCUGGUGCAAGAGGCCCCUCUGGUCCCCAAGGUACUCGUGGUGACAAGGGUGAAGCUGGUGAGAGAGGAGGCAGAGGUCUUGAUGGUCGCAAAGGACACAAUGGUCUGCAAGGUCUUCCCGGUCCCGCUGGUACUCCAGGAGAGACUGGUCCCGCUGGUGCUGUUGGUCCAGUUGGUCCCCGUGGUCCUUCUGGUCCAUCUGGUCCCCCAGGCAAAGAGGGUCGUUCUGGACACCCAGGCUCCAUUGGUCCAGUUGGUCCCCGUGGUCCACCUGGUUUCACUGGUCCCGCUGGUCCUCCUGGUCCCCCUGGUCCUCCUGGCCACCCUGGUACAUCUGGUGGUGGAUAUGAAAUUGAAGGCGGUGAAUACUACAGAGCUGACCAACCUGCUCGCAGACCCAAGGAUUACGAAGUUGAUGCUACUCUGAAAUCUCUGAAUAACCAGAUCGAGGUCAUCCUGACCCCAGAAGGCUCAAGAAAGAACCCAGCCCGCACCUGCCGUGACUUAAGACUCAGCCACCCAGACUGGACUAGCGGAUUCUAUUGGAUUGACCCCAACCAAGGCUGCACUUCUGAUGCCAUCAGAGUAUUCUGCGACUUCUCCACCGGUGAGACCUGCAUCCACUCCAACCCAGACAGCAUUCCACAGAAGAACUGGUACAUCAACAAAUCCAACAAGGAGAAGAAGCACAUCUGGUUCGGUGAAACCAUCAACGGCGGGACACAGUUCGAAUACAACGAUGAAGGCAUCACUUCCAAGGAUAUGGCCACUCAAUUCGCCUUCAUGCGUCUGCUGGCUAACCAUGCCUCUCAGAACAUCACCUACCACUGCAAGAACAGCAUUGCCUAUAUGGACGGAGAGACUGGCAACCUGAAGAAGGCCAUCGUCCUGCAGGGAUCCAACGACGUCGAACUCAGAGCAGAGGGCAACAGCAGAUUCACAUUCAGCGUUCUUGAAGACGGCUGCACGAGACGUACAGGAGAAUGGGGCAAGACAGUCAUCGAAUACAGAACUAACAAACCAUCACGCUUACCCCUCCUGGACAUUGCACCUUUAGACAUUGGUGGUGCCGACCAAGAGUUUGGAAUAGACAUUGGCCCAGUCUGUUUCAAAUAAAUGAACAAUAUAAAAACAAACUAACUUAAGACACGUUCCUCUCUUUGCCAUAUUGCUCUAUUUUUUUAAUACCGAAAGCUGACAUCUUUCGAUUUCUGUGUCGUUUCCAAACAUCUACUUACAUAGAUUCUGGGCAAGAGAAGGAAAUUUUUCUUUUAAAAAGGAGCAUCGUGCAAUGAAAAUCUAAUACGUACCAAAGAAGAUACGGAAAUCUUUCACGAUCGUAACAUCGAGUUGUGGUGAAAAAAAUGUCAGCAUUUUGUAAAACAAAAAAAAUUCAAAAAAUCUGAAUAAAAAACGUGAAAGCUUGCAUCUUUGUGGCCUUUGAAUAUCUACCACGGAGGAAGUUUUAAACCGUGGCUUGCAUAGGUUUUAGCGACAUCAUGCCCCAAGGCUCUGGCGAGUAUGCGCAAAAGUGGUGCUAAGAAAAGGAAGCGGUCCUACAGAGGGGAUGACUAUGGUACUUGAACCAAACGGUGCUAAUAAAGAAUACCACCCACUUUUCUGUACUAAGUUGUAUUGUGUUUUUUUGGGGGGAAUAAGUCUCCAUAAAAUACCAGAAGAAAGAGUGGAAUGUCUGCCCAAAGCCGUAAAUCAGGUGGUCACUGAUUUUUGUCUUACCGAAACGGUCAUAUCGAUUGGGCCUAUGGAGGCGCCAUUGUCUCUUGUUCUUGUUUUUGUACAUGUGAGUUGUUUGUAAAGUGUGAUAAAUAAAGCAUGUCCAAUGUUCGU